GUCGUUGUUGGCCCCGAGGUCGCAGGUGGGUCGGGGGACCCUGGGAGGAGUGAUGCCAGCGAUCACGGUUGUUCAGGCGGGAAGGGUUCUGGGAAAGCGCUCGGCGGUGGUGUGCGCGUAUGGUACGGCUGUCUGGUCCUCAGAGAAGGGGAAAGAAAAACAACUGUUUGUCUUGGAGUGAACAAAUGAGCAAUCAUGGUGAACUUAGCUCAGAUUGUGCGUGACCACUGGGUACAUAUAUUUGUCCCUAUGGGAUUUGUCUUUGGAUGUUAUCUGGACAGAAAGAAUGAUGAAAAGCUAACUGCCUUCCGGAACAAGAGUAUGCUAUAUAAAAGGGAAUUGAGGCCCAAUGAAGAAGUUACCUGGAAAUAAAGACUGUGGCUAAAUUACAGAAUAUUCACAUUUUAAAAUAUAUGAGAAAAAUAAAAACAUGUUUGUUAUUUAAUUAUAA